CACGUAUUUUAAUAUAAUACAUUUUUAAUACUUACAUUAUUUUAAUAAAAUUAUAACCGAGUUGUUGAUUGCUCGAUCGGUGUCUUGUCAUAGUUGAUUGGAAACUAAGAUCUCGAGCUAUGUGUCUCAUUUGUUCAGUCAAGGUUGAGAUCAAGCUGAUUCCGAAAGCCUAAAAUGUAUGUUUAUUCGCUUCCGACUUCCAAAAUGCUAAACGUAAGUCAUAAACUGCUCGGGUUAAAUAAAUUGCACACAUAUUUUUACGACAAUGUCUUACAACUUAAAUAUGUGCAGUUUGAGUUGGAAUCUCAUAGAAUAAUGUCUGAUAGCAUUAGUGUUUGUAGUUCCUCCUUUAAAAUAUUCGAUGGAAAGGAUUGGACUUAUUUAAACAUCUCACACGUGUCAUUUGAAUUAUUUAUAGCUUUGAUUGCAAUUAUUGGAAAUCUUCUAGUGCUUUUAGUGUUCCUACGAGAGCAAAGACUGAGACGAGAUAUAAAUUAUUAUAUUUUAUCAUUAGCACUUGGUGAUUUAGGUGUUGGACUUGUCUCUAUUCCUAUUUAUAUGAUCACUUCCGAUCAUCCAUAUACAAAACAUUUAUGCUAUCUGCCAUUAUGCCUAGCUAAGAUGUCAAUUCUAGUGACUUUUGCAAACAUUUCUGUAUUCAGUCUUGUGUUAAUCUCAAUCAAGCGACUUAAAGUUCUGUCGAUAAGGGUUCCAAAGUCACAACAAGAACCAAAGAUAAUAAUAUUAAUUGAAAUUGGAAUGUGCUGGAUUAUUGCUAUCUCAAUCGGAACUGUGCCUUUAUAUUUCUAUAAUGAAGAAUCUAAAACUUGUUAUAUCCAAGACAUUUUAAGAUGGGAAUACUUAAUUUUUAGAUUUAUUAUUGUUGUGGUAAUUCCUAUGAUUAUCAUUGGAUUUGUGUACUUCAAAAUUUACAAGUUGAUUAAUGAACAGGCACAAAAAAAAAUCGUGCGAAACAACUCGAAUCUUCUGCGAAAGCAAGUAGAUCAAAAGUCAAUUGAUAAGGAAGUCAGAGCAACAAUCAGCAUCUCAAUAAUUGUGCUUGUCUUUUGCAUAACAUGGAUUCCACUUCAAAUUAUAUAUUUGCUGUCAAUUUUUUGUAAGGACUGCAUUCAAGUUUACAUAGUGAACUUUGCAAUCAGCUUUUUGCAUCUAAGCUCAGCAAUCAAUCCAUUAAUCUACGCUUAUCGAAUGAAGGAUAUUAGGAAAGCAAUUUACAAUUUAUUCUUCAUAUCAAGUUUACCAAUUAACUCAAGUUUUAAUGAGGAUGAUCUACUUUAAAUGAUGAAUGAGUUUUGGAGAAGUAGCCCUAUUAGGGGCUGUUCACUUAAUACGUUACGCAAAAAUUCUACUUUUUAGACCCCCCUCCCCCGCUUGUUACAAAUUUAUUUUGUUUGAGUUGCUACAAAAAUCUAGACCUCUCUUCUCUAAAAAGCGAACGUAAUAAGUGAACAGACCGCUUAGGGGCUGUUUAUAAAUGACAUCCAUCAAAUAACGAGAUUUUUGACCCCCCUCCUUCAGAGAGUUUGUAUCAAGAAAAGUUUAUUUUCUUUGAAACCUUUUAAAAAUAUCCAGACCCUCCUCCUUAAUAUUAGACGUAAUUUAUGAACGACCCUCUAUCAGAAACUUCAAUUUCUAUUUCAUGUCAGAAAAUGCAGAUGAAUCUACACCAAGCCCAAACUAGUGUAUCGGGUUAAAACCCAAUGCGGAUAUAUUCACACCGUACCAUCAAAAGUCUUAUGGAUAGACCAAGAUUUGCUCAGCAUAAGUUUGAAGGGUGAACGUGAAGUACGGCCGAGACACAUAUCGACACAGUUCAAAAGUUAUACCUAAUUUAUGUUAUAAUUAUGUCAGCUACAAAAACACUUAGUUUGAAUUUUGUCACCCUCGGGAACACUAUGAACCAGUAUAGCUGAUUUUGGUCCAAAUCUCGGCCAUACUUCACACUUAUUUGAACCACAUUUUCUCGUAAAUGUUAAAAUAUUAUUAAAAAGUAAUUAAUCCUGAAUUAUGUCGCUAUUUUGUCAAGUGUUUUAAGAUAAAAAAUUUGUUUUUUGGUUUCCACAGUGAAGAGUAUGAACAAAAUUCAGAUGGGGUAGUUGAAAUUUUAGAUUUCGUUUUUUUUAAGCUAUGCAUUACAAAAAGGAAUAUUGGUAUGUGAUUUAUGUCAGAAUUAUAACAAUUCAAAUAAAACAUCCGAAAAAUUUUUUUGACCAAAGUACACAAUAGAAAAUCAAUUUUCAAUUUUGGACUAGGGGCGACCCUAGUCAUAAUCAAUUUUGUCACUUUUUUCUUCGAGGGUUUAUCCAAAUGGAUUGAAAUUUUGCAUAAAUAUUCUAGUGCUUAAAACAAAUACAAAUAAAACAUCCUAAAAUUUUUUUGAGCAAAGAUCCAAGCAGG